UUGAGUGAUCUAAUCAAAUAGUGAUUUGGAACUAAUUAAUUUGCUUCAAUGUGAUUAUUUUUAAUAUUAACUAUUUUGAAAAUAUGAUUUAAUUCCACAAAAACAUCGAUCGAUCAAAAAAUGAUGAAUCAACCAAGUGAAACGAUCCGAUUAAAAAGUGGAUCUUAUCAACGAUAUGUAACUCAUGUUAUGCGAAAAUUAUCCGAAGAUUCAUAUUGUGUAAUACGAGAUCCAAACACAGUCGGAUUACUCAACGAAACAACAAAACCAAUCGAAAAAUUAACAAAAUUACCUACAUACAGUUUUGAAAAUGUGAUAAAUCAAAAUUUGGAUAAAAUAAUGACAUCCAAAACAGAAAAUACUCAAACCGAAAGUAUUAAAACGUUAUUAGAAGAAAAAGCUCAAAAAGUACAUAAAUAUUAUAAAAAAUUAUGUAUUAGCGAUGGUAGCGAAACUAGUAAUAGUAUGACGAACUCUCCACAGGUGGAGAAUGAAUUGACUAGCAAUGAUAGUGACGAAACUGGCAAAGAGAUGUCAGCAAUAAGUUUAGAUACUGACACAGAGGUGUCAGCACAAACUACAACAACGAUUAUUGAUAAUGAAAACGUAGCAUUUUUAUCUAAUAAUAAAGAAAUUAAUAAUCAGAAUUGUUUUAGUAAUGAAUUGAAAUCAAGUGAAAAUACAAGAACAACAACAAUACGACAUCGGCGUACCGGUGCGAUUCAAUUCAUGAACAAUACAAAUGAUACAAAUGAAACAACAAGACCACGUAUUACGUUUCCAUCUGUUGAAAAGUUAAUAAAGAAUUACACAACAAUGAUUGAACAACAAAAGCAAAAUUUAAUUAGUAAACAGAGGAAAUGUAACAAUAAAAAAAUAAACGAUGAAGAAAAUUAUUUAAAAUUACCGAAAGAUCAUGAAGGAACAACUACGAAUAUUUUAAGUUCUGGAUCCGACGACGGAUGUUUAACGCCAAUUAGUAGUGAUUUUGAUGAAAUAUCACCACACAAAAAUGAUUAUUUCCCACAAGUGACACGUUGUUGUAGCUCAGAUUCGGCUGUUGGCUUAGCACAAAGUGAUGAAGAACCAAGCCAAAGUGAAGUGAGUACAUUGUCACCGGUAACAAAGGAAAAUAUUGAAAAAAUCAAUGAACAAUCAAACAACGAACUUUUCGAAAGUAAAAUACGACGAAGUCAUUCAUUGGACAUGCAACGAAAAAAUUUAAAAAGUGAAAAAUGGCUAGAACAGUGCUUUAAUACGAACGUACCGACGCGAAUGUUACUCGAAGAACAGUUUAUCGAGUAUCCAUAUAAUAAUAAUUUCGGUGAAAGUGAUUAUAUGGGUGAUUUUGAUUCGAAAUUUGAUAGUCGACGGCAGAGUUUAGCAACAGAGGAUGGUGAAGACGGUGGCCAUCCUCGAUGCCGAUAUUGGCGUACACCUUCAGUAGUGGUUAGUGAUUAUUCGGACGAUGUACAAGGUAUGACCCUGGACGAUAUUGAUUUUAUACAGAGCCAACAAAAUCGUAAAGAAUAUGGUUUUAGUUCUUCGGAGUGUAGUUUAAAUAGUUCGUGUAGUAAUUUAAAUUAUUGUGGUUCGAAUAUUAGUGUUUUGGAUGCGGAGUAUAGUUUACGUAUGCCGUCAUCGAGGAAAGGAUCUGAGUGUAGUUCGUGUUCGACACUAAGUGGUGAUGAAGAAUGCGACUCAAAUUUACCGGUAAUUAAAACUCGCCGUAAAGAUUCUAAGCCUUCUGGCUGGCGAAAACUACGCAAUAUUGUACAAUGGACACCAUUCUUUCAAACAUACAAGAAACAAAGAUAUCCAUGGGUUCAACUAGCAGGACAUCAGGGUAAUUUUAAAGCUGGUCCAGAACAAGGUACAAUAUUAAAGAAAUUAUGUCCAAAAGAAGAAUUAUGCUUUCAAAUUUUAAUGAAAGAUGUUUUACGGCCAUAUGUUCCGGAGUACAAAGGUCACAUUAUCAGUGAAGAUGGAGAAUCCAUGUAUUUACAAUUGCAAGACUUACUAAGUGACUUUGAUUCGCCCUGCGUUAUGGAUUGUAAAAUUGGUGUGCGUACAUAUCUAGAAGAAGAAUUGGCUAAAGCGAAAGAGAAGCCUAAACUACGUAAGGAUAUGUAUGAAAAAAUGAUUCAAAUUGAUUCAACAGCACCAACUGACGAAGAGCACAGACUUAAGGGUGUUACAAAACCACGAUAUAUGGUUUGGCGUGAAACAAUCUCAAGUACAGCAACUUUAGGCUUUCGUAUUGAAGGAAUCAAGAAAGGUGAUGGUACAUCGAGUAAGGACUUCAAAACGACAAAAACAAGAGAGCAAAUUAUGGAAGCAUUCAGAGAUUAUACAAAUGGAUUUCCACAUGCAAUUCCGAAAUAUAUACAAAGAUUGAAAGCGAUCAAGGCAACGUUAGAAUCAUCACAGUUUUUCAAUAGCCAUGAGGUUAUUGGAAGUUCACUUUUAUUUGUACAUGAUCGACACAAUGCAAACAUCUGGUUAAUUGAUUUUGCAAAAACAUUAAUUUUGCCAGAAGAUAUCAAAAUUAAUCACAAUGCAAAAUGGAUAGUUGGUAACCACGAGGAUGGUUACUUAAUCGGCAUCAACAAUUUAAUUGCAAUAUUUUCAACAAUGCUUGAACAACAACAAGCAAAUUUAAAUCCACCAACAGUCACGACUACAGAACCACCUGAAGACGAAACGUGAUCUUAAACGAAGAAUAAGAUCACUUAAAUAAUUAUUGUUAAAAAACUAUUUAUUUAAGAUAAAAAAUGUCUUAUUUAUUCGUAGAAAAUGUAAUUAGUCAUCGGUCGACAGAUAUUUUAUGCCUUUUUUCAAAGUAUUUGAAAAAACAAAAUCGAAAGUGUUCAUUAAGGAAUAAGGAUGACAAUCUGCAGAUCUUCACGAAACGGAGAGAAUCUACAUUAAGUUCUUGUAUCUCUUGAUUAUUUCAAGAAAUAGACUUGGAACCAAAAUGGAAAAUAUUACGCUUUUUCUAACUCCAACUAUUUUUCGAAAUAGCGAAUGCAAGAUUUUUAUGUAAAUAUUCUACGUGGUGCAUCUCUGAAAAAAGGCAACUUUUAAUCAGAAAACUAAAACAAGCUAUGCUUUUAAGCUGUUAAAAAGGCCGAUUUUGUAGUAUGCGUAGAAUUUUACAGUUUAUACGCAUUGUAUAACACUUAAAUGUUAAAUUUAAUGUUUUUCGUCCAAUUUUAUGUGAGCGCAAAGCGUUAAGCGUUUUUAAGUCAUGCUAAGAAACACGAUUAAUCUAAUUCGAGAAAUUUCGCCUCGAAAAUAAUCUUCGUGACUAUCUCAAAAGUGAAUACUAAAAAAAAAAACGAAGAAGUUUACGAAGUUUAAAAAUACUGAAGACUUAAGCAGACCUAUUUCACAAAAAUCUUCCGGAAAGCAGUUAUAUAAAAAAAAAAUGAAAGCCCACAAAGAAUUAAUUGUCACAACUUGCGUCUUGCAAAAAGAUUCGACAAUCGUAGCUGCGUUGCACGAGAGUUAAUGUUGGACGACCUCAUUUCAUUUCACCUCAAGUGUAGAUGUUCGAAAACUGAGUUAACAAAAAAGUUUGAAUUAGAAUUAUUUUAUCUUAUUCUUAGAAUAAAUUGAAAACGAAGCGUUAAAUAGAAAUUUUGAUAAAAUCUAUUUCUAUGCACUGAAAAUUUUGUCAGUUUACAAAUUUACGAACCAGAGAAAAUCACGUUUAAAUUAUCUCACUACAGCUACGUCAAAAAAUGUGAAAAAUGAUCCAUUUACAAUCAAAAAUUUUUAUUAAUUCGAGCCAUAUUCAAUUAUAUUUUAAGUUUACAGGGAUGUACGCCUGUGGCAUACAAAAGACGAUUUGAGUUAUUACUGUCGUGUUGUCCGCGUUGUAUUCUAACUGUAGCCCAUGCAGAUAGAUCUCUUUCUAUUUGUCAGAGUCUUUAAACUCGAUGUUAGUAGCGCUUAAUGUGCGAUCCCUACUUAUCCGGAAGCGUCAACAAAUAAAAAUAUUCAGUAUAAAAAUUAUAUGAUUAUCAACUCUAGGGUCGCUAACCAAUGCAUUAUCAUGUUUGAAUUAGCAUGAUCUUAUAGCUUUGCGUAAACAAGUACAAGUUAUAUAUUAAUAUAAUGAUUAAAUUCUAUUUGAAAUUUGUUAAGGGUUGUUUACACGUUGCAAAUUUUUAAGGAAUUUGCUCGACCGACUAUUAACUGUUUAUAAAAUAAAAUACAUUAAACUUAUUUGAUAAUUGACGAUGUGGAUUUCAAAGAAAGUUGAUUAUUUAACAAAUUCUAUCGUGUAAACGGCCUAUUAGGUGUAUAAUAGUGUUUUGUGUAUGUUAUUGCCCGACAGCAGAAACGCAGGUUAUGUUUCUGUUUUGAAAUUCCAGUUGCAAGUAUUAAAAAAAUAAUAUUUCAUUAAAAAAAUAGUGUCUAUAAAAUUAAAUCAUGUUUCUGAGGAAUUUUGGAUCUAUUUAUAUUUUUAGAUCUAUUUUAAAUUUUUUAUCAUAAUUAGAUCUGAAUAUUUAUGAGAGUUUUCGAACGUAUGUUUGACGUCAAAUGAUUAGCGUAUAAGAAAAUUGUUUUUGUCGACGAAAUCAGUUGAGCUAUUUCGUGAUAAUCAAUUUAGGUUUUAAUUAAAUAUCUCGAUAUGCUGCUAUUGUUUUCCGCACACCGAGUCGAAUACCAAUAGUACAGUUAUUGGAUAUUCAUUUGCUCACGCCGGCGUCGUGAUAAUACUGAAUGAUUCCUCUGAUGUGAUUAAUAAAAGAAUUUGACAUCGCGUUUUUAAUCUUGUGAUGCAAAAUGCGAGCCAUAUAAUAAUAAAAAUUAAUGAGGUAAUGAAUUAAUCGCAGUCGAUCGAAUAGUGGCUUAAUUACGGUAUCAUCAAGUCACCGGUGUAUGAAAAUCGACUUAAAACCGAAAAUAAUAACAAUAUAAUGAAAAUUUCUCUUUUAUAUAUUUUUGAAUACACUGUUUACAAUUAAUACCUUACAUUUUCCAAAUCUUACUAUUUUUCUAACAUUUUUAUUCGUAACCGGAACCAGUGGUAAAAAUUUUGUAAGUAUAUUUAUUUUUGUAAUAGAAUCAAAAGUUUUCAUUAUUGAAGCAAUUUAAAAAUUGAGAUUUUAUUUGUAUAUUGACUUGAAUUAUUACCUAAAUAGUUUAUAUCUCUUAAAGCCUCGCUUACGAGCGUCAUAAUAGACGGGCAUUGAUUUUAAUAACGUCCGGUUUAUGAAUAUAAUAGCCGUAGUUACAAAAAGCGUUUAAGACGAUUAUACUCUUUCUAGACAUUUAGCACCUCACCAUAUAUCAAUAACCUAUAGUUUGUCUUUAAGGAAAAAAUAAAUUAUCAGUAAAUGGGGUGCUAAAUGUCUAGAGAGUUUGUUAUCUAAAACUUUUUUUGUAUCAUGUGAUGACAGCGUGCUAAACGCAUAACUAACGCACGUUAUAAUAUGAACAACUCUAUUUAUUACUUGAAAUUUGCCAUUGAAAUCAACAUUUGUCAGUAUUGACGCUCUGUUGCCGGCUUCCCAAAUUGACUUAAAACUUUUCUAGUUUACAAUUGUAUAAAAAAUUUGAUUUUUGUAGUCAAACUUUAUAACGAAUGUAGCUGAUCCUGUAUGUGGUUUUAUCAAGAGUUUUUGAAUAAUUAAAAAUAAAUUCAACA